CAGAUUUAUAAUAAAUGUCAUCAAUUAAAAUUGUCAAACGAAUAAAUUCAGGAUUUCAAAAUUGUGAAAAAGUGAUUACAAAAAAUCGAUUUUGAUUUUCUCCCAUCCUAUCUUAUCAUGCGAAUUACCGCAGUUCUUGCUCGUGUUCCGGCCAUUAAAUUCCGGAAGGGACAGGUGCCCUCUCAUGGGUCUGCAGCUACCGCGGGCUCUGCGGGAGCUCCUGCCGCCGCACCUGGGCCAUCAGCAGCACCAGGUGGUGUGCAUAUGCAAUCAGCAGCAGCGAUGAGUAGUGCACCUAUAUCAGAUAUAGAUCUUCCUCCACGCUACAGAAGGCGACCAAUUUCGCAGGAAGAGAUUGACCACAUUAAUGGCGGUGGAGUUGUUUAGUGUUAACAGUUAUUUCUUGUAGACAUAGACUUAUGUAGUAAAUAUCUUUGUUAUAGACAUAAGUAUUUAAUUGCACCCAAUUUUUUUUUAAUUAUUAUGUAAUUUAAACAUACUUUUGUUGAAAGAGAGAAUUAAUAUAAAAUUAUUAUGAUUGUUCUAAAAUAAAUCAUCUUUCAUCCUUGAA